AUGGGUUUACCAAUAUUAUCAAAUCGUAAAAGAGUAAUUUUGCCAAUGUAUAAACAAACAGAUCAUACUCCAGCAUUUUACAAAGAUCCUUUUACGAAUAAAUUAAUCCCAACCGCUUAUUUUCUAAAAAAUUUAGAUGAAAUUGGUCCACAACACUGGCAAAAUAAUUUUACUUCCGAUUUCUUAUUAAGAGUCGUCAGGACGACUGAAAUCGAUUAUUAUUGUAAUUAUUUCAUAUCUUCGAGCGUAAACAACGAAAAGGGAAAUGCAACUAUAAUAAAUUGCAGUAAUUCAACCGUUUCGGCUUCGGAAGCUGCUGAAAUCACGAAUUACUUUAAUGUCAUGUUAUUCAAUUACCAGCAACACCUUUAUAUAUUGGCGACACAAUCUGGCUUCUUCAAUCAACUGCUAGGUCCAAUAAAUUCAUCAGGCAAUCGUCCUAAAUAUUCAAAUACUUUAACAAUUCCAAUACCUUAUCCUGAAGUUUUUGAACCCAUACUACAUUGGCUUUAUCAUCAUGAUGAUGAUGCUUGGUUAGAUUUAAUCAAUACGGAAAAUUUUCCUAAAUUCUAUGCUAAUGUAUCAUUCUUAAAGUUAGGGAGAGAGGCUUAUGAUAUACUGGAUACCUUCAUUGAAGAAGCUGAAGAAACUGGCGUUGAUAUUAAUUUUGAUGGUAUAGUUGAAUUAUACUAA